CCACUUGCAACAUAUAACCCACACCAACUCAAAAGCCAAUCCUCAUCUCCGGGUCCCCCGAACCACACCGCCACCAUGUCUUGGGCAGGGUUCAAGAAGAAUGUCAACCGUGCGACGACACAGGUGAUGAUGAAGACGGGACAUGUUGAGAGAACGAAUGAUCGCGAUUAUGAGAUCGAGGAACGUCGUUAUCGGACUAUGGAGACCGCCGCGAAUCGGUUGCAAAAGGAGGCGAAGGGGUAUCUGGAUUCACUACGAGCCAUGACGGCGUCCCAAAUGCGCAUUGCGGAGACCAUUGAUGCUUUCUACGGCGAUGCGGGAACAAAAGACGGUGUGAGCCGGAGCUACAAGCAGGCCGUUGAGGAUCUUGAUGCCGAGACCAUCAAGGCUCUGGAUGGGCCAUACCGUACCACCGUCCUCGAUCCCAUCUCCCGAUUCUGCGCCUACUUCCCCGACGUGAACGAAUGCAUCAAAAAACGCAACCACAAGCUACUAGACUACGACGCCAUACGCGCCAAGGUCAAGAAGCUAGCCGAGAAGCCCGACAAGGAUGUUACCAAGCUGCCGCGGACCGAGCGCGAAGCCGAGAUGGCCAAGCAGGCUUACGAGCAACUGAACGAGCAGCUCUUCAACGAACUUCCCCAGCUGAUCGACCUACGUGUGCCCUACCUCGACCCCAGCUUCGAAGCUCUCGUCAAGAUCCAACUACGCUUCUGUGCCGAGGCGUACUCCCGCAUGGCGCAGGUGCAGCAAUAUCUUGACGCCGAGACUCGCGACCAGUAUGCUAAGGGUGAUCUGGAUAACCGGGUUGAGGAGGUGUUACAGGAGAUUCGCGAUUUGAGCAUAGCUGGAACCGUUUGA